AUGUUCACAGGACUCGUCGAGACGAUCGGGACGGUGUCGUCGCUCUCGCCGCUGGACGCGUCGGUCUCGGGCGGGAACGGCACGUCGCUGACGAUCGGCAACUGCGCGGCGAUCAUGGAGGGCGGGAUGGCGCUGGGCGACUCGAUCAGCGUGAACGGGACGUGUCUGACGGUGACGGAGUACGAAGCGGGCGGCGGAGCGUCCAGCUGCUGGUUCAAAGUGGGCGUCGCGCCCGAGACGCUGCGGCGCACGAACCUCGGCUCGCUGCAGGAAGGCAGCAAGGUCAACCUCGAGCGGGCCGUGCAGGCGUCGACGCGCAUGGGCGGGCAUUUCGUGCAGGGCCACGUUGACACGGUCGCGGUCAUUAUGGCUAAGACGCCGGACGGCAAUGCGCUGACGUUCCGCCUCGCGCCGCGCGAGAAGGCCGUCUUGCGCUACGUCGUCGAGAAGGGGUACGUGACGCUCGACGGCGCCAGUCUGACCGUCACCAAGGUCGACGAUGCCGCGGGCUGGUUCGAGAUCAUGUUGAUUGCGUAUACGCAGGAGAAGGUGGUCACGAGCGCCAAGGAGCCCGGCGACGAGGUCAACGUCGAGAUCGAUGUCGUCGGGAAGGUCGUCGAGAAGAGCGUGGUUGGGUAUCUGGAGGGCACGCUUGGGUCGGACGGCGGCCCCGCCAUCCUGGAGAAGAUCGUGGGCCGCAUCGUCGAUGAGAAGUUGCGCGCUCUUCAGAACUAA